AUGAGUGGUAAGAAAUUCACCUAUGACCCGAUUGGUCAUGAAUUGAAGUCACCGGGAGGAAAAGUGAGAAUACCAAUAAUCCUCUUCAAAUAUGAUCUCACCUGUAAAUCCCGAGUUUCGAUGUUGGGGGCAAAAGCUGCUAGAACCCUAGAACCAUUUUCAAUUGGGUGUUUCUCAAUUUCUCCAAGUCCAGAAGCUGCAGGCAUCAUUUGGAUAGUAUCAUCAUAUUCUACCAUGGAUAUAAGCAGUAACGAGGAGGAAGAGAUAUUUUCGCAUACGAAAAGGGUAAAAAAAUCUCAUGAAGAAAACCACGAUUUUUUUAGUGACUUGCCAGACCCGAUUCUGGUUCACAUUCUUUCCUUUCUGCCGCUACGUGAUGCCAUUAGGACUGUUGUUCUUCCAAGAUUCGGUAAACUGUGGCUUAGCUUGCCGGUUCUUGAUUUGGACAACUGUGUGUACCAUGAGGAUGAUGAAGAUACAGAUGUCGUGAUUUGUGACAAUGAAAACUUCAUGCAUGUUGUUCAUCAGGUUUGGAAUCAUCAAGGUGAGAACACGUUGAAUAAAUUGCACCUCAGGUUUGCCCUUGCGCUAACUUAUUCACAUUACACUGAGUCCGACCUUAAUAAUCCCAACCUUAGUGAUUAUGAAAGACGGAAGGUGGAUAAAAAGAGGGCCGCUUUAUAUCAGGUGGGGAAAUUAAUCGGUUAUGCUGUUAGCAGAAAAGUCAAGGUUUUGGAUAUCGAUCUUGAGGGCUGUGAUUUUAUUGAACAAUAUUAUGAGUUACCGGAUGUUUUAAAUACUGGAUACUUGACGAAUUUGCGGUUGGCCGCUUGUGACAUUAGAUCUUGCGAGCAAAUAAAUCUGCCGGCACUGAGAGUCUUGUUUCUCAAUAAGGUUUUAUUGAGUGAUGAAGCCAUAGAAAGAAUCUUGAAUGGUUGCCCGUUUCUUGAGGAUCUGUCUUUGUUUGAUUGUCAUGGCUUUCGCCAGUUGAAUUCCAAAAACCCAAACUUGAAGAAGCUGAUGCUUAGUCUGGCCGUGAAUAAGUGGAUUGUGGUCGUGCAGUGUCCUCAUGUAGUGUCAAUAGGAAUAUCUGGAUGGAUCGAGGGUGUGUUUUUGGAACAUGUCUCAUCUUUGGUCGAAGCUUCCGUUGACUAUAUCAGCUCGUUCAGAUGCAUGGACAGGAAAUAUGUUUUAGUGCGGGCCCUACUGUUCAUGGCUAGCCGGUGCAGGACUUUCAGCAUAUGCGAUGGGAGUGUUUUGCUGAUGUCAAUAUGGAAGUUGAAGAAUGUCGUUUGCCCACAGUUCCAGUGGAAGCAUAUCAAAGUUAAACUUCAUCUCACAAAAUGGGACCUUCCCGGGCUUUCUCUCCUCCUGAAACAUUCUUCUUCUUCUCUCGUGGAACUUACCAUGCUUGCCCUUGGUCAAUCUGAUUCUUUCUUUCAGACUGCGGACACAAAAUGGAUUUGGGAAUAUGAUUUUGAUGGAGAGGGAUACUUGAACUCACAGGAGGCAACCUUACCCUGCCUCGAGAGCAUUAGGAUACAUAGCUGCCAUAUACGCGACCCAUAUUUCAUCCAGAUUGUGAAAUUUUUGCUGAAAAAUACUCCUAGGUUGCAGAAAAUGGUAAUUUCAACCGAGAGAAGAUUUACCUCAGAACAACAACUGUUUGAGCUCUCGGAGGAUUUAUCAACGUCGCCUAGAGCCUCAUUGGAGGCAAUGGUGUGCAUCUCUUAAUAUCCCAUUAUGUAUUGCUACUUAUGGCCUCGUUAUUGCUUUUGAGGUGAAACUACUUGAAAAAUGUGGCUUGUAAUCUCUCAAAACUGGAAAAUCGUUAGAUCACUUUCUUGGUAUUUUAUUAGGAAUGGGUCUUCAUUUAUGUGAUCUACUUUAUCAAAAUGCGAAUGAUUUCCCUCC